AUGCAUCCGUCCAACUUUGCUCAUUGGUCUCUCUCUACAGCUCGCGACCUGACGCUCGAAGCCGCCCGCGAUGCCAGCAAUGUCCGCCGCGCCCCCACGCGAGAGCUGCCCUCGGGCCAGCUUAAGAAGCUCCUCGACAGCAGAUCUGAGCGUGACGUCUUGGAGGGGCUGCGGAGAGUCAUCACUAUGUCCUACCGACAGCCGCCUUCGCAAACGCUGCCCUUCUUCUCCCACGUAAUCAAGAACGUUGCCUCGCCCUCGCUCCAGGUCAAGAAGCUCGUCUACAUAUACCUCCUUCAGCAUGCCGAGCACGAACCCGAUACCGCUCUCCUUUCCAUCAAUACCAUACAAAAGUCGCUCACCGACACGAAUCCCCAGCUGCGCGCACUGGCGCUGCGCGUCAUGUCGAGCAUCCGCGUGCCCGUCAUUAGCCAGAUUGUGAGCCUGGGAAUCAAGCGCGGUUCGGGAGAUAUGUCGCCGUAUGUGAGGAGGGCAGCGGCCUUGGCGAUACCAAAGUGCUAUAGACUGGACCCCAACACUGAACCGCAGCUGCUGGAAUAUCUCUCGGCAUUGCUGGGCGACAAGCAGUAUUUCGUGACGGGGGCUGCCGUCUCUGCAUUCCUAGAGCUGUGCCCGGAUCGCUUGGACCUCAUACACCCACACUACCGCUCCUUGGUACGGAAACUGGUCGAUAUGGAUGAGUGGGGACAGCUGGCUACAUUGCGGCUGAUGAUGGUCUAUGCCCGGAGGUGCUUUCCCAGGCGGACCAAGAAGGUCAAAAAGGCGGCCGGUGCCAACACGAACAGCAAACCCACACAGUCUACCAAGGGCUUUUACGAUGAUUCUGAGAGCGAAUCUGAGGAAGAGCAAGAGCAGGAUAUGGAGGAGAUUGCCGUGCUAGAUCCAGACCUGGAGUUGUUGCUAAAAGGCUGCCAGUCGCUUCUUCAAUCCCGAAACGCUGCCGUGGUAAUAGCGGUAGUGAGAACUUACCUCUACCUCGGUACGCCCGAGUACCUGACCCAGGCCAUCGGGCCGCUUAUCUCCCUGCUGCGAUCUGCAGGCGACAUUCAGCACAUAGCCCUGUACAACAUUGUGCAGGUUUGCUUAGCGCACCCCGAGCCGUUUGUGAAGUACUACACGCAUUUCUUGGUACGAUCGACAGAUGCACCGCAUAUAUGGCAGUUGAAGCUCGAACUGCUUACUUUGAUCUUUCCGCACGCGCAAUCGAGGUUACAGAGCUUGAUACUUGCCGAGCUCAGCCAUUUCUCACACUCGGGUAGUCUGGAUCCAGCCCUGGUCAAAGAGUCUGUACGCGCAAUUGGACGCUGCUCACAAAGUCCUGCAACGAGUCCCCAGACGUCUGCCAGGUGUCUCAAGCUACUCCUGAAGCACAUUGGCUCUGCCGAUGCCCAUUUAGUAGCCGAGUCGCUCGAGGUUAUCCGACAUCUCAUCCAGCGAGAUCCAAACGCCCAUCGCACGACGGUUGUUCGGUUGGCAAAGCAUUUGGAUGCAGCCACGAGCCCUCAAGCUCGCGCAAGCAUCAUAUGGCUGGUCGGCGAAUUCGCCGGUCUUGAUCCGGAGAACAACAUUGCAGCGGAUGUGUUACGCAUUUUGGUCAAAGGCUUUGCGGACGAAGCGGAGCCAGCCAAACUUCAAAUCGUGUUGCUAGCAGCCAAGGUCUAUGUGCAUCACUUGGCAGCCAACCCGCCCCCGGAACCAAAGGUGGAAGAGCCCAAGCCGAAUCCGUUGGAUACCUUUGAAGAACAGGGCGGGUUCAGAGACGAGCACCUUGAUUCGCUUGCACAAAACACGGAGCCCCAAGAGGAGGAAAAGCCGCAUAUCAUCGAGGCACUGUACAACUACGUUUUGUUGUUGGUAAGGUAUGAUACCUCAUACGACCUCCGCGACCGUGCUCGCGUCUACAGGGCAUUACUCGCGACGCCCACUUCUACGCAACUUGCCUCUCUCCUACUUCUGGCACCCAAGCCGGUGCCGCAUAUUCCCAGUCCUAGUGAGACUCGAAAAGGAUAUGUGCUGGGAAGCGCCAGCCUCGUCAUUGGCGAUGAGGGGGGCGUUGGUGGCCUCAAGGGCUACGAAAACCUGCCUCGGUGGGUCAAAGAGGGCGAAGAACCAGACGCAGCGCUACGUGAUGAGGCCGCUUCGACUUCUUCGUCAAACUACGUAUCGGCGUAUGAAACGGCAAGGAACAUGUCGGCAGCCGAAAGGCUGGAUGCAGCCGCAGGCAGCAGUGGCAGAAUGGCGGGUGACAGCACCAUGAGUCCAAGGGGCCUGAACGGCGUGGGUGGAGACACGGGCGUUGGCGGAGUACCAAAGGUGCCGCUCAAGGAAAAGACGCUGGACGACUGGCUAGCCGAGGAGGAAGAGGAUGGCGAGACUGAGACGGAGAGUGAAGAAGAAGAAGAAGAAGAAGAAGAAGAAGAGGAAGAGACGGACGAAGAGGAGAGCGAAGAAGAAAGCGAAUUCGAAACAGACAGCGACGAAGAGGAAACCGAUGAUGAGCGAGGCACUCUCCUCAAGUAGUAGCUUGUUUGUCAUGAUGAUACAUUGAACAAGAG